ACCAUCGGGACAAAACUAAAAAAACUUAUGAAACAAAAACUAAAUGUCGAAGUUACUACUUACUAGUUGGGUUGAGCCUAGAAGGAUUUUUGACUGUCCAAGAAGAUAGAGAAGGGUCGGUCUUCUCCACCACUGUCAAUAAGAAAAAUUUUAUCAAUGGUGCUAGACAUUCUGUACACUAUAGAAGGGAUUUCAAGGAAUUUGAAUUAUACGUUGAUAGGGAAUUAACGCCAAUGGCACAGAUUCCUGCACAAACAUUUACCAAUAUUCCUGAAAAGGGAGCCAAUGAAGUACAGAUUGGAGGCCAUGACACCAAUGAUCCACGAUUUGCCACGUACAAGAGAUAUAGCGGAUGUUUAUCAAAUAUAUUUAUUGAGGUGAAUGAACAUGUUAUGAAACCUUUGGAAGAAUAUAUGCUCUUUACAAAAACUGGAACAGAGAAGGUCAAUGUUUCAAACCAGCAUGGCGUGAGAAGUGCUCAGUGCAGCUCUGACUUCGAUAAAAUCCAUGAAAAAACUCCAGGGACAACAAAUCUUAACAUAAGUCAGGGUACAGAUAAGACAUGGGUUCAGGAUGCACCGCAGAGGAUUCUUUAUACCUCAAUAUACUCUGCUACUACUGAAGAGGAAGAUGGAAAAGAAAAACUAAUUGUUAUAAUUCUGUCAUCAUUUUUUGUAUUGGUUGUGAUUUGUUGCACCUACCAUGUAUUCAUAACCGAAAAGAAAUAUAGAGAGCGAAAGGAAUUCGAAACGGAUGCUAGUAUUUUGUUAUCAAAACAACAGGCCACACUUCUACAAGAAAACAACAAAACUUCUGAAGAUGACAAAAAGUCUGUAAACCAAAAUGGAAAAAUACCACAUGAAACUUCAAAAGAACCUACAAACAAUGGGGACACUAAGCAGAAUCUAAAUGAUGAAGAAGUUUCGAUAGGAGAAAUUAUUUCUAAAUCGGAAGAAGUUAUUAAACCACUAACCAGGAGCGACAGUAAAAGAGAAAAGCACAAACGAAUUAGCUUCAGGGAAAGCACUGGCGAACUUUCCUUAGAAAGUGCAGAAACUUUGAGUCCGAUGCUUGAAGUAGAUGAAGAGGACGAAGAAUUAGUCGAAAGUAAAGCACCUCCUCCACCUUAUGGAAUUCAAAAUAGACAAGCUAAUGAACAGUGCUCCGAGGAAGACAGUUUAUUUG